AUGGCAGCUCUAGGCGAUGAUCUGCUUCGCAUCGUCAACCAGUUGCAAGACUUGGUUUUCAACACCAUCGGCACCGACAGCCUAGACCUUCCUCAGAUUGUCGUAGUCGGUUCGCAAUCUGCCGGAAAGUCGUCUGUACUCGAGAAUAUCGUCGGCCGUGACUUCUUGCCCAGAGGUAGCGGCAUCGUCACGCGUCGCCCUCUCAUCCUCCAGCUCAUCAACGUCGAGGACGAUGAAAGCGUACCAGAGGCCCCUGAUGCAUUCAGAAAUCCAAACACAGCCAGACGCUCCGAGUGGGCAGAGUUUCACCACAUCCCCUCAAGGCGCUUCACGGAUUUCGGUGAUGUCAAGCGCGAAAUCGAGAACGAGACCAACCGGGUCGCUGGUAGCAACAAGGGCAUUGUCAGACAACCCAUCAACCUCAAGAUCUUCUCUCCGCAUGUCCUCAACUUGACUUUGGUCGAUCUGCCUGGUCUUACAAAGGUGCCAAUUGGUGAUCAGCCUGCCGAUAUCGAGAAGCAGACACGAACUCUGAUCUCAGAGUUUAUCGCAAAGCCCAACAGCAUUAUCCUCGCAGUGUCCCCUGCGAAUGUCGAUCUCGUCAACUCGGAAGCCUUGAAACUUGCGAGACAUGUCGACCCCCUGGGCCGCCGCACCGUCGGUGUCCUGACCAAGGUCGACCUCAUGGACCAUGGCACCAAUGCGCUGGAUAUUCUCUCCGGCCGUGUCUAUCCUCUUAAGCUGGGCUUCAUCGGUGUCGUCAACAGGUCACAGCAAGACAUCACGGGCAACAAGCCCAUGGAGGAGGCUUUGCAGGCGGAGAACGACUUCUUUAAGCAUCACCCUGCCUACCGCAAUAUCGCAAAUCGUUGCGGUACUCAGUUCUUGGCCAAGACCCUGAACCAAACCCUCAUGCACCACAUCCGAGAGCGUCUGCCCGAUAUCAAGGCUCGUCUGAACACACUGAUGGGCCAGACGCAACAAGAAUUAGCAACCUACGGAGACAAUCACUUCAGUGGCAAGGAGCAUCGGGGCUCCAUGAUUCUUCAACUCAUGACCAAAUUUGCCUCCUCCUUCAUUUCCUCCAUCGAUGGAACUUCCAGCGAGAUCUCAACCAAGCAGUUGUCAGGAGGCGCCCGCAUCUACUACAUCUUCAACUCUGUCUUUGGAAGCUCGCUCGAAACUAUCGACCCCACCUCGAACCUUUCAGCUCUCGAUAUCAGGACUGCCAUCCGCAACUCGACCGGACCUCGUCCUAGUCUAUUCGUCCCUGAGAUGGCCUUUGAUCUUCUUGUGAAGCCGCAGAUCAAGAUGCUGGAAGGGCCCAGCCAGCGAUGUGUCGAGCUCGUCUACGAGGAAUUAAUCAAAAUAUGCCAUACCUGUGGCUCCAACGAGCUAUCACGUUUCCCGAGGUUACAGGGAAAACUGAUCGAAGUGGUUUCCGAUUUGCUCAGGGAAAGAUUAGGACCUGCGUCACACUAUGUCGAGUCGUUGAUCUCUAUCCAGCGCGCCUACAUCAACACAAACCAUCCCAACUUUUUGGGCGCAGCAGCGGCAAUGAGCCAUGUUGUCACCAACAAACAAGACCGAGAGCGCAAGAAGCUAAUCGAGGAUGAGAGAGCGCGGCGGGAAAAGCGACGGCUCAAGGAGCUGGGAGCCAACGGAACCGAGGUUCCGGAAGACGACGAAGACGCAGCAACAGAGAAAGGCGACACUCUUGCUUCUCGGAAACUGACCGCAAAGGGAACGCGAAGCAUGUCGCCAGCAGUCCGGGAGAACGGUGCUGGAAGUCUAGUAGCGGCCGUGAAUGGCCGCUCCGAUUCUCCCGCAAGGCUCGGAGGCAAUGGUGCGCGGGAUAGCUUCCUAACUUACUUCUUUGGCAAGGACGGUGCCCCUCAACAUCCUGGCGGCGCCGGGACUCCAGGCGCACUGCCACGCCACGUCAGUCAGUCUCAGGAAGCGACCUUCAGCCAAAGCAUACGGCGAACCGAGGAGAAGAUUAGUCAUCGACCAGCCUUAUCUUCAUCAUUAAUUCGUGAGGAAGAGAGUCCAAGGACAACCGAGUUCGGUUUUGGUACAGUUGGACAGGAUGCCGAGCCAGCUCUUACAGAGCGUGAGGCAAUGGAGACUGAGCUCAUUCGCGCGCUCAUUUCAUCCUACUUCAACAUCGUCCGCGAGACUAUUGCUGAUCAAGUACCGAAAGCGGUCAUGCACCUUCUUGUCAACCACAGCAAGGAUGUGGUGCAAAACCGCCUUGUGAGUGAGCUCUACAAGGAGACACUGUUUGAGGAGUUGCUGUACGAGGACGAUGGUAUCAAAAAGGAGCGUGAGAAGUGCGAGAAGCUGUUGCAGACCUACCGCGAGGCGGCCAAAAUCAUUGGCGAAGUGUUAUAA